AUGUCGGAAAGUCAAACGGGUGGGCCGCAGCUCCGAGACGUGAGCGCAUUCAGUUCGCCGUUUAAUAUUUAGCGGAUCUACAACCACCAGAACGAUAGAAUCUGCUUCAGUGAGGCUCCUAGCCUGUUGGCCAUCGUCAAAUAACACCAAAAUCCGGGUCGUCAUUGCUUAAGGCGGAAUUUGUGCCAGCGGCAAGAAUUCCAUGUUUUUCGUGAAUAAAUGGGACAAAAUACUAGCGCCGCGUUAAUUUCUAUUUUGUCGUGCUUCCGUGAGCUCAGCAGAACCUUGGCAAUGCAAAGUUGGGGUUUCAACAGGGCUCAGCGCCGGCUCACAAGGCAACAUCGACUCAGGACCCGAAAUGGGACCGAUUUUCCCGAUUUUGUCCCGCCUGCGAAAUGGCCGCCUGCUCGCCAGAUCUGAAUCCAAUGGACUAUAUAUUUUUUUAAAUAGAAGGCCAGCACCUGUACUAUGCUCCACAAAAGUUUGGAGCCGCAACGUAAAUGAUGCGCCAAGAACGGGACCGAUUUCCCCCAUAAAAAGCUGCGGCCCGGACCCCAAAAUUUUACGUCACGUUUGGAGCUCUAUAUCGCCACCAAAGGCAGCCACUGUGAAACAGAUUGAAUAUGUUAUAAACAAUGCUCCAUGUUACUAAUCAUAACCGUUACUUUUGCUGAAUUUUGAUUCUCCGAAAAAAUAUAGCUAUAAAAACAAGUUUCCAUUUUUUUGGUACACCCUGUAUAAAGCGGGAGAUAAAAGAUUUUCUGAAAAAUUUUUGAAAUUUUUCUGUUUUUACUUUUUUUUUUAAAACAAAGUAAAUUUUGAAAAAUUUCCGGAAAUUUUCGAUUUCGGAGAGUCAAAAAACAUUCUUACUCCGAACGACAAAUUUUUGGAAAGUUGGAUCAAAAAUGGCUCGCCAAAAGGUCGAUCCGCAAAGUUGAAACAAAAAUUUUCUCGCCCAUUUUGGCUGGUGAGUAGGAUGCCGUUUUUACUCACCUGCACGCCAAUUUAUUUUCUUCAAGUACGCACUUCUGGAAGCCUAGCAAUACACUUGGCCAAAUACAGAUUAUUUCCCGUCGGGACCCGUGAAAUAUGAAUUUUUUCCCACGACCCCCAUCGAAUUUUUUUUUUUGCUGGCGAGAAUCGCGAGAAUGUUUUACGGGGACUAGCUGGUUGCAUUUUUUUAUUAUACUUGAUGAAGCUUUGACUAAUUUUCUCCGUCCCGCUGGUGAGAUGCGCGUUUUUAUUGAACCCCACCCAGUGCAAGAUCCCCAACUUGUUCCUAAACAGACUAAAGGAUGGCAGAUACAUCAAAGUGAGUUCCGUUUCUCUUUGUUUUGUUAGUUUUAGGUAAAAAAGCUUAGCUGGAAACAAUAGGAUGCGUUUUGUAUUAUACUGAAGUUGCGACCAAUUUUUUAGGGUAUCUUCACUGUUCUCGACCCAAAGCUCCGUGACGUUUUGGAACGCAUAGAGAUCUGUCCUCACCGUGGUCUCCGUCACUAUUGGGGUCUUCAUGUUCACGGUCAGCACACCAAGAACGUCGGCUGUAAGGGACGUACUGUCUGUCGGUGUAUCCAAGAAGAAGGGAGGAUAGGCCGACCUGGCGCCGUUUUCAUUGGUUUCCCAUCUUUAAGUUAUCCUUUAUGUUGUUCAUGUUAAUGAGAAGGAGAAAAAUAAACUUAUUAUUAUAUUAUUCCUGUUGAAUCUUUUAGGAAGUAAUAAUCUAUUCUUUUUUUUGAAGGUUUUUGUUUAGAAUAGGUAAUAAAAGGUAAUGAAUAUAUGUCAAACAUGUGCAGGUUAUUAAAGAUGAAUGUUAGUUAUAGCGAUCAUAACGUCUCUCUCAGUGUCAAUGUUGCUACUCCUUCCGGAAAGUCGCCGGACCAAUUUUUGGCGCUUGAACUGUGCGAAAAAGGUGUCCGAGCGACAGCCCGAAAAAGCCUUGCACGGUGCAAAAGGAAAGAAAUUGCACAGGUGCAAAGGAAAGUUUUGUCUUCGCACAGUGCGUGUCACCGAUUUCAGUCUGGCGACCUUCCGGAAGGACUUGUAA